UGGCAGCCUCCUUGCCACUCGUGCUAGCUAGAAUGUUCUAGCGUAUUCAUGUUUCUGUGUUUACAGGGGGAGUAAAGUUGUUCCUAAAUAAAGCAGAACCCGUGUGUCCAUUUAUUCAACUCAUUUGUACAGGAGUCCUGAAAAGCAGCACACAUCAUGGCAGAAAACAAUCAGAACAGAAGAUAUCCGCAAAAUCUUCAGGGGGUUCUGCAGCUGGCAGUGGAGGCUGGAUCUGCUGCAGAGGGACCUACCCCUGUUGAACCCAUGUCAGAGGAGAGGAAAACAUGGCUAAGAGAAGCUCUUGCAGAAGUUUGCAAAGGGCCGAUGGAUGAAGUGGAGCAGAUGAAGCAGUGCUUGGCAGUCCUAUGCAAAGAGGGAAUGAGCGAAAGUGAGAGAGAGGGAGAGGAGGAGAGGGAUGAAGAGGAGGAUGAAGAUGAGCGAGAAUCAGCCUUUGAGAUGCUGUCAGAGUUGUGUGAGAACUUGGACAAUGCUAGAGACCUAAUGAUUCUGGGUGGGCUGGAGUUGUGCCUCUCCAAGUACCUGUGUCAUGUCCAAAGUGGCUUAAGGUGGCGUGCUGCCCAGCUGAUCGCUUCCUGUGCACAGAACAUGCCCCAAGUGCAGGAACACUUGCUUAGCAUGGAGGCACUGCCAAAGCUGCUGCAGCUGACGGACUCAGACCCCCACCCAACUGUCAGAGUAAAAGCCCUUUAUGCUGUCUCAUGUCUGGUCCGAGAGCAGGAGACAGGUCUCCAGGCUUUCCUCUCCCACGAUGGUUUCUCAGUGUUAAUGCGAGGCAUGCAGUCUGACAAUGAGAAGGUCAGGACCAAGUCAGCUUUCCUUCUGCUCAACCUGCUCACGUCACAUCCUGAACAGAAAGACACAGUUGUCUCCAUGGGUAUGGUACAGCAGCUGGUAUCUGUUCUCCGCACCCCUCACUCACCUUUUCAUGAGCAUGUGCUUGGUGCCUUGUGUUGUCUGGUGGAGGACUGUCCACAUGGGCUCAAAGACUGCAUGAAUCCUGCUCUGGGUCUGGAGGAGCUACUCAAACAGCGAGCCAGAGAGCUCCAAGGAAAGGAAGAAAGUCAGGAAGAACUGGACUUCUGCAACCACUUGAGGGUAAUGUGUUUUCGCGGGCAGCAGUCAGAUGACAAUGGGAUGGAUCGCUGAAGUCUUAUGUUCCUCACCUGUUUUAGUAUUAGUGUAAGAUGUAACAGAAGAUGUUUGAUGACCUGGAUCAUGGAUGUUAUGCAACGUCCUUUCUGUUAUGACAAUUACUGUCCAUAUUUUGCAUGUACUCCAGGAGCUGGAUUUUACUGUGUAAAUAACUGUAAUGUAUAAAAUACUUUUUCCAGUCA